UCGGUCUUUUAUGCUCCUCGGAGGGAGCGCCAGGAAAGCUCUUUCUCUUUCAUGUGUUUGACGUCAGAGAGGCGAAACCAUAGCAACUGUCCAUCACGUUGGAUGAGCACACGAGGGAAGGGGCGAGCGCGAGAGCAACGGCUCCCAGUUCAAGCGAGGCUGCGGAGGGGUCGGCUGGCACAAUGGGUGCAUUCAUGUGCUGACAUUCCCAGCCGGGGCUGAGCGAGGGAGCGGAGGCGCAGCGGAGGCAGGAACGAGCAACGCCGGGGAAAUUGCAAGCCUCCAGACUUCUUUUCAUCGGUAUUGUGACGGUGGGAAAGAGACUCAUUCGAGAGGAUGAGUGAGCUGGAACAGUUGCGGCAGGAGGCUGAACAGCUCCGGAAUCAAAUCAGAGAUGCCAGAAAAGCUUGUAGUGACACAACUCUUGCUCAGAUCACCACAAGUCUUGACUCAGUGGGCCGAAUUCAGAUGCGCACCAGACGUACCCUGAGGGGCCAUUUAGCUAAAAUUUAUGCCAUGCACUGGGGCUCUGAUUCAAGGCUACUAGUCAGCGCUUCUCAAGAUGGAAAAUUAAUUAUUUGGGAUAGCUAUACAACAAAUAAGAUGCAUGCCAUUCCUUUGAGAUCUUCCUGGGUCAUGACCUGUGCCUAUGCCCCGUCGGGAAAUUACGUUGCCUGUGGUGGAUUGGACAACAUCUGCUCUAUAUACAACCUGAAGACGAGAGAGGGCAACGUACGAGUGAGCAGAGAACUACCCGGCCACACUGGGUAUUUGUCUUGUUGUCGCUUUCUGGACGACAACCAGAUAGUUACAAGUUCAGGAGACACCACUUGCGCUCUGUGGGACAUUGAAACUGGCCAGCAGACUACUGCUUUUACCGGCCACACCGGCGAUGUAAUGAGCCUCUCUCUAAGUCCAGACAUGAGCACUUUCGUUUCGGGGGCCUGCGACGCUUCCUCCAAGCUCUGGGACAUUCGAGACGGAAUGUGCCGGCAGUCUUUCACGGGGCACGUGUCCGACAUCAACGCAGUGUGUUUCUUCCCCAACGGCCACGCAUUUGCCACUGGCUCGGACGACGCCACCUGCCGGCUGUUUGACCUGCGAGCUGACCAGGAACUCAUGAUGUACUCUCACGACAACAUCAUCUGUGGAAUCACAUCAGUUGCCUUCUCCAAGAGCGGCCGCCUCUUAUUGGCUGGUUAUGAUGACUUCAACUGCAACGUUUGGGACACCCUGAAGGGAGAAAGGGCAGGUGUUCUUGCUGGCCACGACAACCGAGUCAGCUGUUUAGGAGUCACCGACGAUGGCAUGGCCGUAGCUACAGGAUCUUGGGACAGUUUCCUCAGAAUCUGGAAUUAAUUUGUCCACCGAAAACACACACACACACACACACACACCCAGACAGACAGACACGCACACCUUUCUCCACCAAGAUCUGGAGAGAUCAAUGCUGCAGCCUAUUGCUGUGAAUAACAUUUCUACCUUGUAUUUACAGGUGAAGUUUUUCUACUCACUGAUUACUGCAUAAAUAGGCUUUCUGUAAAUGAUGUUUAAAACACACACACACAAAAUCACGUGAAGAAGAGGUGGGUGGGGGGAAUCGGUGACUUUUUUAAAAAGAGAAAUGGGAUGGGGGGGAAGUACAUGUAUUAAUGGUGACCGAAGCUAAAAGAGCCGUCCGUUUUGUGUUUUGGUGGUUUGGCUACAUUUGUCCUGGAGGGAUUUCAGCUUGUGGCCAAGUCUUGCUACCCCGAACCUGUUCCCUUUUUUUUUUGUACAUAACUGAAUAUACACAUAGCAGCCAAUCAUGUAACAUUUUGUCUGUAAGUAAAGAAAGAUGCAUUUUUUUAAGGAACCUGCAUUUAUAUAGCUCUGUGUUUAACCUGAAACGUUUCCUCUUCCCCCCCGAGUUCUGCAAUGGAUCCAGUUAGAUUACUGUUUUAAAACGUGGAAAAAUUUUUGUUUGGUUAUUUUCUAUUUUUUUUUUUUUGGUGAAUUUACUGUAGAUAAAAGUGAAGUUGAUGAUCUGCUUGUGGUUUCUAUAACAGGAGGUGUUUGAAUUAAUGUUUGGUUUGUGUUUGGGUUUUUUGUUUUUCGAAAAAAGUCCUGAAGACUCCUUGCCAAGCCUAACGCCUUACUCGCUUGUUGAACUAUUUAUUGAAGGAAAGGGGCUUGAAUCCCUUGUUGCCAGUGAAUUCCACAGCGGAUGCAUUGGCAACCAGGGAGGGCAAGCAUCAAGGAGCACCAGAGGUCAUUGGACACCACUUUCAAAAACGAAGAAUCAAACCAUUUUGGGAAGCCAGUAUAAGAGCUUCAUUUCAGCAGCCUCGUGCCAUGACUUGACCUCACUAUUGAGGGGACAGAUGGUGGCGUGGCUGGAUGGAUGAGCCGCGCGUGAUGGUUUCUUUUCUUUGAAUGAGAUACCUGAACAUGAGAAGUUUCUGACCUGCUAUGUAAAAACUUGACAUUUUCUGUGCUGGCCAAUCCGUGGGAUUGAAUCUGGAGCCAAUUCAAGCUUUCGGCAAAGUUCCUUCCUACCUUUUGGGCGUGUCUCGCCUCAGAAUGGUCCUUGGGAGGUGAGCCCGUCCCACUGCAGAGGGCAGUGUUGGACAGAAAUUUCUCUGCAGCAGAAUAAUUUUGCACAUGUAUUGCUCUCCUGUGGCCACCUCCCCUGGGAAUUCUGCGGUAGUCCAGUUUUGUGAGGACGGUAUCCCUAUUCUUAAUCAUUUGAUCCGCGUCUUAGAACUUCUCUUCUGGCCACGCCAGUCGGCCACUGCAGAAAAUGCCAAAAGUUAUGUGUAAGACUGCUGCGUAACUCCAAGGGUCUUGCAAACAUUCCACAGCAGAACAAAGCUGUCUUUUUAUGUGUACGCAACGGAGUAUUUCUGUCAUGCCCCACAGCAUCAGUCGGGGAGUCCAGCUCUCCCCGUCCUUUUCAUCUCUCUCAAGUUCUGUAUUCCCAGUUUUUAAAUUGUCAAUUGUUGUAUUCUAGGUCUGCAUUUUCCCUUGGGAUCUAGGUGCCGUGCAUGAGCAUUGCAGCGAGACCACCUCUCAGCCUCUCCUAAGAUUUCUAUAUGAAAUAAAUCCAAAAAUACGAGGGGUACGGUGAUUUGGAAAUGACCCCCCCCCCCAUCAACUCAAUUUUUGGUGCUGGUGAAAAUGUGCCAAUGCGUUAAAGGCGUUAAAGUGAAUCGGAUUUUUACUGACCUGUUGGUGUCGUGGAAGAAAUCAGUCUUUGGUGCCUUCCUGUUAAUGUGUAUUCAAAAAGUGGGAAAUGCCAAUAAGCCCCCCCCCCCCCAAGUAUGGGGAGGAAAGGGGUACUCUUCAUGCAUCCCUGAGUCUGUUAGCAUGCAGAGGGCUUGUCCGUUCAUAACCUAGCAGAACAGAUUUCUUGCCGGGCCAUCUGUUUGGUCAAAAGUAUCUGCCAAAUUUUAUCCUUAAUUCUAGCCUUUCCAAUUGUCCACGUUUACGGAGUGGGGCUAAGCGUUCAUUCAUGUGCCAAGUGGUGUGGAUGUAGUAGCUAUUAAAAAAGGAACCAGCUUAUUUUAAGCAUGUGGGUAUGUACGCCUGCAAAAAUUUUUUUAAAAAAGAUUAUUCCAUAUUUAGGACCAAAUUUGCAGAGAUGUAGCUGAGUUUUUCACGUAUUCAGAUGGAUCAGAAGAUAUGAGGCAUAGGCAAAGUGCUUAUGCUCACACUGAUGACCUUGAUUUUUUAAAAUUUCAAACCUAUGCCAGAGGAGCUGUGGUGGAUCAGACCUCACUGGAGAUCUAAUCCAGCAUCCUGUCCCGCACAGAAUCCUCCCCCUGUUGGUGCACUGGUGUUUAGAAGUCUACUGCCUCUGAAUGUAGAGGUUCCAUUUUAGCCGUUGUGGCUAACAGCCAUUUUGAUGGACCUUCAAGAUUUUAUCUACCCUCCCUUCCCACUUUGAAGCCAACUACUAGAACAUUCAUCCCAUACUUUGUGGGAACCACUUCGUAUAUCUAUCUCUAUAAAACUACCCAGGUCUUUAUAUUAAAAAGAAACAGAGCCCAGAGAUAUGUGACCACCUUUGAAAUUACUUAGGAUGACCAUACAUUGGGAAGAAAGAAUGUGAAACAGAAUUUUUUUUAAACUGUAUUCUGUUCCACAGAAAGAUGAUAGUAGGGUUGUAUAUUCCUGUGCCACAAAAUAUCGCAUGCCAGACCAUCCAUCUUUGUUGUAGAAUAUUCCACUGGGUCCUAGUGGCCACGUAGCCCUGUUCCCCCAUCUGUCUGAAAGUAAAACUACAUUUUGGCAAAAAUGCUCUUGUAUUGAAUUAUCAUGUUAAAUAAUGCAUGAAAUAAUGUUCUAACCACUUAUAUCACACUGACCCGUAGCCUUUUUGGCUCGGUUGGUCCUACACAGACUGUCCCGAGCAGAAAAUUUGAGAUUUUAACUCAUCCACUGAUACUUUUUGAUGUCCACAUUUCGGCCGGUCACUCCAGGAACCGUUCUGUCUGGAGAUACAUUUGAAAUGUCCCUUCAAUAAAGUUGAGUUUGAUGCCUUCUCUAA